AUGUCAACGGAACGACUACAGACAAGGGUAACCCAGUCUCUACGUUUACCCUAUCUCCAUGUCAACAGACCUUUUCUUUGUUGUAGAUACGGAGCGCCAUCAAAACUUCCUGGCAGUAAUCUAAAGCAGAAAGUUGCGGGUGAGUCGUUCUUCUAUGGCGGGAAGAUUGUCUCGUCGUCUCCUGCUGCGCCACCUCGUAAAGAGAAAGUGACACUGAAGAGUCUGGCUGCGCCGAGUUCUGGAGGGAAAGAUUAUCUUAACGCUUGGAAAGAGAAACAAAGCGAAAAAAACACUUCAGGUUUGUGAAAUUUCAUAAGUAAUGACCACAGUUUAAACAUAGUCUUUCAAAACAAGGUUUGGAAACUUCGCUAAAGUCUUUGUUCUAUCUUUUUGUUCGCGUUUAUGCAGUUUUGUGCACGGUGCACAGUCAAUGAACACAUUGUAUUUCAGUAUAAUGAACGAAUCAUCCAAUAGCAAAGUUUCAGUUCAGUCAUUCAACCAUACUAUUUAAAUAUUAAUAAACCUAAACCAAAGGAUGUGCACGGUGUAAGGUACGGCUCAACAUAAAAUUCCAGAUGAUUAUAACCGCUUUGAAGUUUACUGAGUUUCCAGACCAUGUCUCGAGAGACUAUGAUAGUAUGAUUUAAACUACAGAGGACACUCAGAGACUGUAUAAUACAACGGCUAUAAUUACACAUCUAUAGUUUACUCUACCCAGAAAACCAAGACAAUUUUUCCCUAAUUUCUCAUCCAAUUUUAAACUAACCUAAUCCUAUAACACUACUGUAAUGUAAAACAUUUGUAUGCACAAAAUAUUUCUCUUUCCUUUCUGGCGCAGUCUUCAGGGCAAGCGCCGUUCACCUCUGAGAUCGUGGAUUCGAGUCUCGCUAUGGACUCGUGCGUGGACUCGUGUGAAAAGAGUCAGUCAACGCUCUGCCGAGAGUCGUAGGUUUUCUCUGGACGCUCCGGUUUCCUCCCACAGGGAAAGUUGACAGGGUGGGUUAGGAUAAACACAGUUAAGAAAGUAAUGUCACAAUAAUUGUUGUAAAAAUAAAUAGUCUAAGCUUAGUAGGUAAUAUAAGUAAGCGUAAUACUUGAUGUAAUCGGUCACUGAGAAGCCCCAAUGGGGAGUAAGCUGAAUAAUCAUAAUCAUAAUCAUAAAUUCCUAAUAGAAAUCUUUUUCUUUAAUAGGAGAAUCGUCAGGAAACAAAGAUGGUCCUUCAGACGAUUUGUAAGAAACAAUUUUAUAUUUCCCCCCAAUUCUCAGAAUGAAUCGUUCAACUGUCGCAAUAAUACGUAGUUGUGUGAUUAUAAUUUCACAAGUGACAAGAACUGUCUAGUAUUAAAUACUAGUUUGGCCUUCAUCUUCUGCAUGGUAACGUUGAUACAACAAGGGGGGGGGACCUCGUUGAUAUUAUCGGGCCUCUAUGGAAUACAGUAUGGAACUGAUAGUUCAUCUUUAUUCGUCUUGCUAACUUUUAGUAUCGGUCUGCUGAAUGUCCCGACAGUGGGCUCAAGGAAUUUGAAAUUACAUCUUCACAAAGAAGACGAGAAAGAGAAAGGUAUGGGGUGGAAAAAUUGUGUGACACUAACAAGUUGUCAAACUGGAUGUCAUAUUUUAAGUGUUUAACAGAAAAAUAUUUCAGUGCACCGAGGAAGCUAUCCGGCAUAGCGUAGAUGUAGCCUUAUCCGUAAUUCACUCUAUUUCAGAGGUAAAUGAACCGAAGCCUGUGUUGUCCGCUUCAGAAUUUCUCAAAGCAAACAACGUCCAACGUAAGAAGGAACGUCAGUCCACAUCCUCUGUCUCCAAAACUCGAACCAAGUCCUCAACCGAGUCGACGACCUCUAAAGAUUCCCCAACUCCCAAGACACCGGUCUUAGGACGAGGUUUAAAUUUCGACGAUGAUGUAGUCUUCGACGAAAAUGUCCCGUUAAAUUUCGCGAGAAACUCGUCAAGCAACCCAGAUAAGGCCAAGGUAUAGUAAAAAUUUACUGUGUGAAUACGAACUGUGAAUGUCAGUAGAAAAAGUAAUAUAUAUAUAUUAGAAUGUUAGGGUUUGGAAUCCAAGUGAGAAUAUAUACAUUUUAAGACCUAACCAGGAACGACUGCGAAAAAUGCAGCACAAGGUCCUGCGAAAAAUGCAGCACAAGGUUUGUUUCCUACCAGAGGACCUUGUGCUGCGUUUUUCGCAGUCUGUAUUCUCACUUGGAUUCCAAACCCUAACAUUCUAAUUCUAAUAUUAAUUCUACCAAGUGAAGUGCAGAAUCUAAGUAAUAUAUAUAUACUAGUAGAAAUAAUAUCAAUACAGAAGCGUAGCCAGGAUUUUUGGUCAGGGGGCAGCAAAAACCUAGGUGGGACCAGGUUUCACUCAUUUUUAUAGAAAAUUUAUAACUUUUAAAAAUUGAUAUUCUUGGAACAUUUUCUGUCCGUGGAAAUUUUUCUUGAGUGAAAAUGGCCUUAAAUGAGAGUACUUCCUAUUUGUCUCAGGUUUCUGUCAUAUUGUACACUGGAUCAGUUAGUUUCUUCACGAAGGACUGUAUCAGGGUCGGCGGAACAUUUUUUUUUUUGGAGGGGGGCUAAAUUUAAAAAAAGUUUUUGACUAAGUGGAAACACGAACCACAAACGGCAUAGCGUGUAGUGAUUUCUCCUACCUUUGAAAAAUUGUUCAAAAUCUACAAAAAUACGGAUAUGCAAUAGACAAUUCCCAUUAUAGACUAAUUUUAAAACUAGGCAAGGAGAUGCAAAUAAAUCACCACAGCUAGAAAGAGCAUACUAAAAUUAGUAAAAUUACAAAAUUUGGUUGCGAAAUGUUGUAAAAUGUGGAAAAUAUAGCCUUGCAAAGUUCGCAAAUUUUGUAUACUUUUGUAUUGCGUGCGCCAUUUUCGGCCUAAAUGCAUGGUAGGAAUGUGGUAGGAAUUUCCGCAAGCAAUACAAAAGUAUACAAAAUUUGCGAACUUUGCAAGGCUAUAUUUUCCUCAUUUUACAACAUUUCGCAACCAAACUUUGUAAUUGUACUAAUUUUAGUAUGCUCUUUCUAGCUGUGGUGAUUUAUUUGAGUUUCCUUGCCUAAUUUUAAAAUUAGUCUAUAAUGGAAAUUGUCUAUUAUGCAUAGAUCAUUUGAUCUCAAUGACUCACGAUGAAUUAAUGAGCAAUCGAAGCAAAUUAACGACCAAUUAUAAGCCGCAAAAAGCUUGAAAAGAUCACACUAUACAAUUUGCGCAAUCAGGCAUAAGCAUGCAGUGUUAAAUUUUGGCUGACUGGACAUAAAACAUACUAUUAAGCAUUUUAAUGAUUUAAAAAUGUUAACCAAGCUAGAAAUACAAUUGUAUUCCAUAGUCCAUACUCUCGCUUUGACACAAAAAGCACAAACACAAGAUAAAUGCAGUUCUGAAGCAAAUGAAGUUCUUAUUCUAUGUUCUAUUUGAAGUCGUGGGUUAGAAUCAAUGGAUGAUCCAGUUAUAGAUGCAAUUUUGAUCAAGACAAGAAAAACGAAAUCCAUUACAUUCACUUGAUCUGGAGUUGAUCACAAAGUAGGAUAUUGUCUUUUGCAUUUUAGCCGGCGAGCAGUAAUUUGAAGACUUCGUAGUUUGUAUAAAUGGUCCCCCCCCUAGCCCCCUGUUCCGCCGCCACUGCUGUAUAGUGACACUGGACGGCAAUAAAAUGGCCAUUACUGAACCUCUAGGGAGAAAAAUUUAGAACUAGUAGACCUGUCCAGUAUAAAGUCUAUUAAGUGUCCAUUGUGUUUUUGCGUUUAGAAACUAGCUCUUGCCAUAGUUCGAAAAACUGGACCAAUCACACCGAAAGACCCAAAUAAUGUUAGAGUAAAGAAACCAUCGCCCAAACUUCAAGAUGUUAUCAAGAGCAAGUUAGAGUCAGACGACGAAUCGGGUUUGUGAAAAAAAUCAUAGUUUAUAUUGAACUAUCAUAGUGAUUAUUUAUGAUUUAAAGGCACAGUUCAGCCUUUUGAAAUUGUUAAAAACAUCG